CCACUUUAAAGCUUUACAGAAUAAUAUUACAUUUGGUUGUAAAAGGUAAACUGGGAUAACUGGCUUUCAGAAGUGUUCACCAUGAUCAGCUGAUCAAGAAUUAAGCUGGUUGUUGUUUCAACAGAAGGAAGUUCGAUAGCAGCUGCUUCUCAUCGUCUUUGGAUCAAGAUGCUGAUUCUGACUUUCCUCUGAUGCAGAACACGUUAGACAUGUAAACCGAUGGGAAGGUGCUGAGGACACAAAUAUGAAAAAUCAGACUAACCUGGAGUUUUUCCAACAGCCCUUCUGGAGGAGACGAGCUGAAGAUCUGCCUGUCGAUGACGAGACGUCCAGCUGUUGGGUCGGUUUGUCGGUCGUCGUCCUCUGCAGGGGUCUACAGAGCCAGACCCGCAUCUGCCCCUCUGGAGGAGACGAGCUGAAGAUCUGCCAGUCGGUGUCGAGACGUCCAGCUGUUGGGUCGGUUCGUCGGUCGUCGUCCUCUGCAGGGGUCUACGGAGCCAGACCCGCAGGAGCCUUAAAUCCGAGUCAACAGAGAGCAAGAACACUUCAGAACUCCGAAUCUCCGGCUAGAACAACAUGAACGCGCUCUAAAGUUUGGCUUCACUUUACUAAAUGCGACGGGUGAUUGGGUGAAGAUGAAACCAGCGGCAACGAUCUAAGUGUGAGGCAUCAUCGUUUUAAUCUGCUCCAGCAGCUAAAUACACUGUAUAAGAUAACGUUAGCUUGAUAUGUUAGCUUCCAUUGCCGCUAUUGUUAUGAGCUACUGGUGCGUUCACUUUCUCCUCGGAAAUUCUAACUUCCCAGUAGGAAAAAUCAAAGAAAAAGGACGGCAAAAGGAAUGAAGAUACACAGUAAAUUUAGUUCACAGUAAAGAUGUUUGCUUCAGUUUAAUUAUCAGCUUAUAAAACUACAAGGACGAUGUUAAAAUACAAACAGUUGUAUGUUAUUUAUCGUGAUAUUUAUCAAAUAUGGUUAUGUAUUGAGAAAAAUAUAUAAUUAUAAAAGAGAAUUAAAAUAUUAAACACUCAAAAGUAUCUAAAAUUGAUACCGUUAAGUACCGGUAUCGAUUCCUAUGUACCGGGAAUUUGUACCGAAUCGAUUCAUAUGUCAAAGGUACCCAUCCCUAGUUACAUGAGGUCUGAUUUAAAGACAAGUGGCGUCACAGCGCUGCAACGAAGACUGUCCUAAUUCAAAGAGUGCUCAGAAUGCGGUCUUGAAAUCAGUUCCCUUCCCUGGAUUUCGAGAACAGAUACGGUGUUUUUCACCUCUAUAAAUCCUGAGAUGCAAUGUGGGACAUCACAGUAACGUUUUCAGUACACCAAAUUACUCAUGUCACGAAUCUAGCUUAAGUUGGCGUGAAUUUGGUAAGAGCUUUUAGACGUAAAAAUUACACUAUACCAGCAGCUCAGCCUGACUUACAAAAUAUGCCGGUGCUACAUCUGCUGUAGCUCUUCAAACAGUAACAAACCAAGGAGAAAGUUUAAAACAUGUUGCGCUCCAUUUCUGCAGUUGCUAUGAGGCAGGGGGACAUCCGCCGAAGUUAGGACGGGACCAUUUAAGGCUAGACUGUUCAAAUCCACAGCUAUUCACAUCCGGUCUGACCAGACCAAUGAGGACGGUUACUUAUGAGCAUGCAAUCCCUGAAUUUGGACACAUACUCUGAUUUUGCAUCCUGUAUUGUGUCUGGCAGCAGUGUGUGUGCACACUCCUUACAGCAGUGAGAGGUAGUAAAAGGCUUCAGUCAGAUCUGAUUCUACCCAUCAAUCGAACACUCCCAACCCAGUCCAGGCGGAGUGGAGCUGAUGCUAGUGUGUAAGUGCCAUUAAGGUUAAUUUUCAGGCAGUCUUGGGCGGUAUACCGGUUCAUACUACAAACCGGUGUUUAUUUUGGUUAUGAUAUGAAAAUUUUCACAUACCGCUAUACUGGUGAAUGGCCUAAACAACGUACAGAACGUUCGUAGUAGGAAAGUGUUUCAGCGGGGACUCGUUUCACUGCUACACACAAACACCACAGCGUGGUGAAACCAAGAAUGGCGGCUGGCGGGAGCUGUCACGGCGACAUCAAAACUUCGAACACAGAAGAUUUUUUCCCAAAAAGAGGAGCCACGUCUGUUGUUUGGAGGUAUUUCAGGUUUAAAAGUUCAGACUUGGAGCAAACAACUAUUAUAUGCAAAUGCUGUCGAGCAACGGUGGUAGCCGGCGGGGGUUAUACCAGCAACUUGCUUCAUCACCUCAGCCGAAAACACGUCUUGGAAUACCAAGCAUGUCUCGUGCUUCGAUCUGCACCCUCCACCUCCAAGGCUAAAACGGCUAGUAACAGUCAGAGUCAGACGUCCGUUCGCUAAAGGGACUGUAUUUUUAAAAAAAGCAAGCGGUGGGUCGAGAUAACCAAUGCAAUAACGUUGGAUGUUAAAUCAUAAAGAUGGUUAAUUGCACAGAUUAUAUGCAAAAUGUGUUCAAUAAAAAAAGGUUUAUUUUGACUGCAAUAUUUCAUCUUUCUAGUUGUUUUUUAACUGCUUUCUUUUGACAAGGAUACUUUGAGGGGGUUUCUGCAUUUACCUACCUGUGACUGGACAUGGAAAAACUGGUAUUCUGCACAUGAAGGUAAAACGGGCUAUUUAAGGCCAGUCUAGUGCAGUAAUUCUUUUCUUAUAAAAAUAAUCUGGGUAAUCUACUCCAGACUAUCCACCAUCGGCAUUUCAAAAACUCCUCUAAAUUGGUCCAAAUCAUAUCUAUCUAAUCGCACUCAAUUUGUCCAACUGCGCACCUUCCACUCUAACCCAAGCCAGUUACCUCUGGAGUUCCUCAGGGCUCAGUCUUAGGUCCCCUUCUCUUCAUAAUCUAUUUACUCCCACUUGGCAAUAUCUUCAGGAAAUGUAUUCAUUUUCACUGCUACACCGAUGACACCCAGCUCUACUUCUCUACCCAACCAAACCCCCUGCUCCCUUCAUCCUCCCUUCUCAGUUGUCUCACCGAAGUCAAAUCCUGGUUUUCUUCUAACUUUCUACAGCUCAACAGCAAUAAGACUGAGAUCCUCCUCACUGGCACCAAGUCAUCUCUAUCUAAGACCAGUUCCUUCUCACUCAGCUUCGACAACGCCACACUCCUCCCCACUGCCAAAGCUAAGAGCUUGGGUGUCAUCUUAGACAACACCUUAUCCUUCAUUCCUCAUAUUAACAACACAAUAAAAACUGCUUAUUUUCAUCUUCGCAAUGUCAGUCGGCUCCGCCCCUCCCUCAGUCAACACUCCACUGAUAUUUUGGUCCACAGCCUGGUCACCAGUCGCAUUGAUUACCGUAAUGCCCUCCUCUCCGGUCUCCCUCUAAAAUCACUCAACAAACUACAGUUAGUCCAAAAUUCAGCUGCCUGGAUAAUCACCGAGACCUCCACUUUUGAUCACAUCACCCCUGUCCUGCAACAACUUCACUGGCUCCCUGUCAAAUACAGAAUUGACUAUAAGAUACUUCUUCAUACCUUUAAAGCCAUCCAUAAUCUCGCUCCCCCAUAUCUUUCUAAUUUCCUCCACAUCGUCACUCCCACUCGCUCUCUCCGAUCAUCAUCUUCACCUUCCCUGUCUGUUCCUCGCACUCGUCUCUGUACUAUGGGAGCCAGAGCUUUCAGCCACUCAGCUCCAAAACUCUGGAACGCUCUGCCGCCUGACCUCCGCAAUAUAAACUCCUUCUCACCCUUCAAGUCUCAACUCAAAACUCACACGUUCCGCCUGGCUUACUCACUGUAACUGUCCUCCUUCCAUCUACUCUUUUUAGUCUAUUAUCCAUUGCACUGCUCCGACUCUACCCUUGGAAAUUACUCUUAGCAUUUAUUUCUUGUUGUUUGUAUUGCUUGCUGUUCCUUAUAUUUUGUCUUGUACAGUGACCUUGAGAGCUUUGAAAGGCGCUUGAAAUAAAAUGUAUUAUUAUUAUUAAUCAUGGCCUUGUGAAAAAUACCGUCAAAUACCAUAAAACCGAUAUAAUUUUAAAAUAAUACUGUGAUGACAUUUUUGCCAUACCGCCCAGGCCUAUUUUCAGGAAUAUCUUUGGUCCAAACUUCUUCAGUAGAAUCAAAGUUAAGAACUCUUGAAGUAUUUUUUGAUGGACCUAAACGGUACAGGAAGUGUGAUGUUGUGCUGACCUGUUUUCUGGUGCUCAAAGUGAUGUUUUACAUGGUAGGCCUUCAGACUGUACAGGUACGUUCCUCGCUUUGGUGAUCCGUAGUGAAGAUAGUAGUGAAUCAUGUCGUACACAACGUAGCCGCACAGCCCUCCGACGAACACGGAUACCCCGAGGAUCUCUGGGAGCGUGCUGAGGAGAAAGAUAUAAAAAGUUCCCACGACUAAGGAGGCCAGACCAGGAGGGAAGACGAGCCGAGAGCCAUCAAACGGAGACUGUGGAGACAACAAAAUACAUGAUGGAGGAAUACAUUUUUAUUUGGUUGUAAAUAGAAAUUAUUUAGCCUUUCAACCUAUUUUUCUAAUGUAAUAAAAUAUUAAAUAUUA